AUGUCAUAUACUAUCCCUGAUCUAAGGUUUGAGCAGUCAUUCAUGAGACAGCUCAACACUUAUGCUGGAAACAAGGAUCUCGAUAACAAACAUUCACUAUUCAACAAGAAAAACAACAACCCUUUACCCAAAUUGACUGAUGGUGAACUCCAACUACUUAAUGAGAAUCUAGAUAAAGAAGAGGAAGAGUACUUAGAGGAUCCAAAACCCUUGCAACCUAUUACUCCACGAGUGGUCAUCUUUGCCAUCAUCAAGGAUCAAAUAGUGCUACCGCUCUUGCAAGGAUUUUUCUUGACUGGAUUCUUAAUGUCAGUUCGCCCUCUAUUGGCAUUACUUGUCAGAAACGGCCAACAGGCUGGUCAUUGGGUUUCAAACCUUGUAGGGUUAAAUAGAUUAACGCCGACUACGAGAAGAUAUGUGCUGGGUAUAUAG